AUGUCAGAUCACAUUUUCCCUUUAAUCAAUUUACAAGUUGUUUCAAUGAAAAAGAUUGCCACAGUCCCUUAUAUUCCUCCCGAAAUUAUCCGUAUGAUAUUUGGUUUACUAAGGGAUGAUAAGAAAACUCUCGCCACUUGUGCUUUGGUUAGCCAUACGUUUAAUCUUCACGCUACACCUUUCUUAUAUCAUACCGUUGCAUUUGUUUUCCCUCACACAUUUACGCUUUUCGCUAAUGUCGUAAACGAUAUUAAAAAACGUUCCCACAUGGUUCGCCACUUGGAUCUUUCCGGCUUCUCCACCUGUGGCCUCCAAAAAAGUUAUUCUGAUUUUCAUAAUGUUGUUACUCCAGAAUUGUUAAUUUAUAUUCUAAGGUCUUGCCCCGAAUUAAAAACUUUUUCUGUAUCAGAAUCCUUAGAAUUCGUAAUUACCUUUGAUGUUUUAAAAGUACUAUUUUUGGAAUGUAAAAAUGUAAUUACUAUCGAUCUUUGUGGAUUCUCUACUAAACAAUUUGGCAACACUUUAGAACAAUUCUGCCGUCUAAUUGGUCGCGUUAGAAUCGAUGAUUGCGGUAAUGAUCUGACAACUGCUUUUAAUGUGAACGACGAACCUGCAUUAUCUCAUUUACAAAGACUUUCACUUCAUGAAUGUGCCGUGAUUUCGGAAUGCUCAACUAUAAUCCUUCUUGCUAACGCUCCUAACCUUACACAUCUCGACCUAGGUGGUUGUUCUAUUAGUGAUUUGACAAUAAACUUCCUGGCUGAAACAAAUGCACCAACCAAUUUUCGCCAUUUAUUAUUGGCGAAAUGUAAAAACAUUUCUUCGUGUGCUAUUUCUUCUUUGAUUCUUAAAUGUUCUCAGUUAGAAUCACUUAAUCUUUAUGGUGUAAGGGAUACUACUACUAUCAUUAAUGAGUAUGACCUGAUAAACAUACUUAGUUCACCUAGCGCAAAGAAUCUUCAAAUUUUAGACAUCGGGUCAUCACAAAUAACACCAUUGGUUUUAACAUUAAUUAAAGAAAAUUGUUCCUCAUCAUUAAAAAACCUUGGUAUUUCGAAAGCUCAAAUUACCAACAUUAGUGUUAUUAAAGACCUUUUAACAUCCUUACCAAAUCUACAGUAUAUCGAUCUUACUUCAGUCCUAUGUUUUAAUGUUUUAAACACUAAUACUCUAUUAAACAGUAUUGUAAAGAAUAAUCAUCCGAUUCAUACGAUCGAAAUGAAUGAUUCAUUACUUAAAAAACUUUAUGCAACUAAAGGAUGGAAGAUUGAUGUAAAUUAUGGUAGAAGAUGGUAUUAUUCUCGUGAAUCUCGAUUAGAUUCAAUAAGAGCUGAUAGGGUACAUGGUAGAAAGUUAGAUUUAACCGAAUAUGGUCCAGAAUAUAUGAGCAAUAUUUUUCAAUAUUAUAGUUUUGACGCGUGA